CAUAUAUGUAGAUAUAUAGACUACUGGAGCAUUUUUAUGUUUCCUUCCUUACAAGAAACUCACUUUCCUUUCUCUCUCUAGCUAAGAAAAACCAUAUACAUAAUAUGUUGCUAAGAAAUUGAGUAUUUUGUUAAUGUUAGUGCUUAAUCUUUGAUACACAGGCAAUGGAAGGUGGAGUUUCAAACAAGAAAAAGAAAGCAAGAACUGAUCCUUUCACUAAGAUUGUUUUUUCUUGGUCCCUGGACGACAUUCUCAAUGACAAUCUUUAUCAGAACCAGGAAAAAAAAAAUUGACAUCUAGUUUUGGUGUUUAACACAGAGUAAAAAGGAGUUUAGAUGAUUAUAAUUUGGUUAAUUCAAGUGGAAAGAAUUCCUGAAUCCUUUAAAUCAGUUGAGCACUAUUUAGGCUCAUAUGUCUGCCCUUUGUUGGAAGAAACUCGAGCAGAAUUGCAUUCGAGUUUGAAUAUCAUACAUAGAGCACCUUUUGCUGAAGUAAUUGGUUUUGAAGAGUCAAAGCCAUAUGGAACAAAAGCAUAUGAAGUAAAGGUUGAUUGCUGGAAGAACAGAGUGUUCAACAGUGGCAAAGAGCCUUACAAAGUUUUACCUGGAGAUUUUCUCAUUUUGACAGAUGGUAAACCAGAAACUGUUUCUGAAUUACAAAGUGCAGGGAGGUCUUGGGAAUUUCUAUCGGUCGAUAGCAUCACAGAGGAUGACAAAAAGGAUGGUUUUAGUUCUAACAUUUUCAAAGUCAAGGCAUCGAAAGAGCUUGAAAUUUAUCACAAGAUGCGGCCAUCUCUAUUUGUCAUUUUCUUGGGAAACUUAAUAUCAAACAGAAGAAUAUGGAAAGGAUUGCAUAUGUCUAGAAAUCUGAAAGUUGUUAAGGAAGUUCUUUGCAUUGAUCCAAAGGUUAAAAAGAAAUUGGAUUACAGGUUUGGAAAGAGUCAUGGCUUGUUGGAUGAGAUGUUGGUUAGGAAGAUAAACUCUGAAUUGAAUGAGUCACAAGCUGAAGCUGUUCUUUCGUGUCUCGGUAAGAUACACUCUAAGCAGGAGUCUAAGUCUGAGUCUGCUUUGGAACUUAUAUGGGGUCCUCCAGGGACGGGGAAAACAAAAACCAUUAGUACUCUUCUUUGUACACUCUUGGGAAUGAACUGUAGAACUAUCAUUUGUGCUCCAACAAAUGUUGCAAUAACUGAAGUGGCUUCCCGUGUUGUGAAGAUGGUAUGUGAUGCAGAUCCUAAUGCUUUGUUUUGUUCACUGGGAGAUAUUCUUCUGUUUGGAAAUAAGGAGAGGCUCAAAGUUGGUUCUGAUUCUAAAGAUAUAUAUUUGGAUUAUCGUGUUCAAAAGAUCUCAGAAUGCUUAGGAUCACACUCUACUGGUUGGAAGCAUUGCUUUGGUUCGAUGAUAAAUUUGUUCGAAGAUUGUGUUUCUCAAUACCACAUUUUCUUGGAAAAUGAGAUGAUUAAAGAGAAAGCACAGAGCACUGAGUGUGAAAUCAAAGCGAAGGGAAAAAAAAGUAAAAGUAAAACAAAAACUGGAAACAGGGAAGUCAAAUCAUUUCUUGAAUUUGUAAAAGAGAGAUUUGUUUCUACAGCAUUACAUCUUAGGCGCUGCAUUUCCACAUUCUGUACUCAUAUGGCCAAAAAUUACAUUUCAGAACAAUGUUUCCAAAACAUGGUAUCUCUUAUUGGCUUACUUGACUCUUUUCAAACAAUGCUGUCUAAGAACAAUAUGGAUUCUAAAGCACUGGAAGAGUGUUUUUCUCUUCCAGAUCAUGUAGUUGAAAAUUUCCCCAAGUCAUUUGAAGAAGAUCAAUCUCUUCUCUGCAUCAGAAGAAGUGAAUGCCUUUCAGUUUUAAGAACUCUUCAGUGUUCCCUUAGUGGACUUACCCUCCCAAAUUUCAGGAGCCAAGAAGCAAUGAAAGAAUUCUGUUUCAAAAGAGCUUCAUUAAUAUUUUGCACAGCCUCUAGUUCUUACAAGCUGCAUAGAGUAGCAAUGGAACCUCUGACAGUUUUGGUUAUUGAUGAAGCAGCACAGUUGAAAGAGUGUGAGUCAAUCAUACCGUUACAACUUCGUGGUGUAAAGCAUGCUAUUCUUGUUGGUGAUGAAUAUCAGUUACCAGCAACAAUUAACAGCAAAAUUUCUGAUGAAGCUGGUUUUGGACGAAGUUUGUUUGAGAGGUUGAGCUCACAGGGUCAUGCAAAGCGUCUGCUGAAUAUUCAAUAUAGAAUGCAUCCAUCGAUAAGUUUGUUCCCAAAUUUAAAAUUCUAUCAAAACCAAAUCAUAGAUGCACCUAUUGUUAGAGGGAAAAGCCAUGAAAGGCACCGUCUGUUGGGGUCAAUGUAUAGUACUUAUUCUUUUAUAAAUGUAUCUCAUGGAAGAGAGGAGAAGGAUGAUGAUGGACAUAGUCGAAAAAAUAUGGUUGAAGUAGCCAUUGUUCUGAAAAUACUGCAGAAUCUCCAUAAAGCGUGGAAGCAUUUGAAACAUAAACUCAGUAUUGGUGUAGUCUCACCAUAUGCUGCUCAAAUUGCAAUUCUGGAUAAUAAACUUGGGAAGAAGUAUGCUAGCAUGGAUGGGUUUCAAGUGAAGGUGAAGACAGUUGAUGGAUUCCAGGGAGGAGAGGAGGACAUAAUAAUAAUAUCCACUGUUCGAUCAACUACAAACCAAUCACUAGAUUUCAUUUCCAAACCUCAGAGAAUGAAUGUUGCUUUAACAAGGGCUAGGCAUUGUCUAUGGAUUUUGGGUAAUGAAAGAGCCUUAGUUGAUAGUCAAUCCGUUUGGAUGGAUUUAGUUUUCGAUGCCAAGAAUCGAAAAUGUUUCUUUAAUGCUGAUGAUGACAAAGAUUUGGCCAAAGCUAUAUUAGAGGUUAAGAAAGAGAGUGAUCAGUUUGAUGAUUUGCUUAAUGGUGAUAUAUUCAAGAGUCCUAAAUGGAAGGUUCUUUUCAGUGAUAAUUUUCUCAAGUCAUUCAAGAAACUGACAACAUUGCAGAUAAAGAAAUCAGUUAUAAACUUCCUACUCAAGCUUUCUACUGGUUGGAGACCAAAGAAGCGAAAUGUAAAGUCAGUUUGUUUAAGCUCUAUGCAUAUUGUGAAUCAAUUUCAGGUUGAAGGUCUCUAUGUUGUUAGUACAACCGACAAUGUUAACGAUUCGAGUUGCAAACAAGUUUUGAGGAUCUGGGACUUAUUGGCUCCGGAGGAUAUUUCAAUGCUAAUAAAACAGCUUGAAAGUGUUUUUUGUAAAUAUUCAGAUGAUUUUAUCAAUUUCUGCAAUGAAAAAUCUCUUCAAUGCAAUUUGGAAGCACCAAAAAGUUGGUCACCACCCUCUUUGGAUAUUGCCCUGUUUAAAGAUCUUAGCAUCAAUGCAACUGAGAGUCAUCUAGUUGGUGCUGUUUCUGAUAGUAGAAGUUACGUUGAGAAUUCAGUGGUAAGUGAGAGUCUGUUGCUCAUGAAAUUCUACUCCUUAUCAUCAGGUGUAGUUGACCACCUACUCUCUGACCGUGAUGGAAGCGAAUUAGAUCUCCCUUCUGAACUGACAGAUCAAGAAACAAAAAUCAUCCUUUAUAAUAGAAGUAGCUUUAUACUUGGUCGGUCAGGUACAGGGAAAACCACUGUAUUAACCAUGAAGUUAUUUCAAAAAGAAAAAUUGCAUCAUAUGGCUCUGGAAGAAUCCUACAGUGUCAAUAGCAAGGUCAAGGAAAACUCAGUGGAGAUUAAGAGAACUGUUUUGCACCAGCUCUUUGUGACAAUGAGUCCUGAAUUAUGUUUUGCUGUGAAGCAACAUGUUUCUCACUUGAAAAGUGUUUCAUGUGGUGGAAGCUCUUCAGAUGAAAGCAGUUCAACUUUUAUGGACUGUGUUGACGAUGAAGAAAUACAAUUCAAGAACAUACCAGACUCUUUUGUCAACAUUCCAUCCAAAUCUUACCCUCUUGUUAUAACAUUCCAUAAGUUUUUGAUGAUGCUUGAUGGAACAUUGAGUAACUCAUACUUUGCAAGAUUCCUCAGCGUACCAGAACUUUCUAAUUGUCAGAAACGAAGUUCAAGAUCAGUUAUGCUGCAGACCAUUCUACGGACAAAGGAAGUCAACUAUGAGAGGUUCAGUACAUCAUAUUGGCCCCAUUUUGAUUCCCAGUUAACGAAGAAUCUUGAUCCUUCCAGAGUCUUUGCUGAGAUCAUUUCAUAUAUCAAAGGCAGCUUGCAAGCUAUGGAAGCAGUUGAUGGCAAGCUCAAUCGUGAGGACUAUGUUCUACAGUCAGAGGGACGUGCCUCAAGUUUAAGUAAGCAAAAGAGAGGUAUAAUAUAUGAUAUAUUUCAGAGUUAUGAGAAAAUGAAGAUGGAAAAUGGUGAAUAUGAUGUUGCAGAUUUUGUAAUUGAUCUCCAUUCUCGACUCAGACAUGAAAGAUAUGAGGGUGAUGAAAUGGAUUUUGUAUAUAUUGAUGAGGUCCAAGAUCUAACAAUAAGUCAACUUGCUUUGUUCAAGCAUGUCUGCAGUAAUGUUGAAGAGGGUUUUAUUUUUUCUGGUGAUACGGCACAAACAAUUACAAGGGGUUUUGAUUUCAGAUUCCAAGAUGUAAGGAACAUUUUUUAUAACAAGGUUCUUUCGGAAUCAAGAAAUAAUGCACUUAAUGAAAGAAAUGAGAAUGGACAAAUCUCAGAGAUUUUAGAGUUAACUCAGAAUUUCUGUACCCAUGAAGGCAUACUGAAGUUAUCACAGAGCAUUAUUGAACUUAUUUAUCGUUUCUUUCCUCGUUGUAUUGAUAUUUUAGAACUUGAAACUAGUCUCAUCUAUGGGGAAGCUCCGGUUUUACUUGAAUGUGGGAAAAAUGAAAAUGCAAUCACAAAAAUCUUCAGCAAUGCUAAAAAUGCGAGUGGAAAAAUGGUUGCUUUUGGUGCUGAGCAGGUGAUACUGGUAAGAGAUGACAACGCGCGUGAGGAAAUUUUCAGUUAUGUUGGGAAGCAAGCUCUUGUUCUAACCAUACUUGAGUGCAAAGGCCUUGAGUUUCAGGAUGUAGUGUUAUACAACUUCUUUGGCUCGUCGCCUCUUAAAGAUAAGUGGAGGGUGAUAUAUGAAUAUAUGAAUGAACAAGAUUUGCUUGAUUCCAUGUCACCUAGUUUUCCACAUUUCAGUGAGCCUAAACACAAUAUCUUGUGCUCCGAACUGAAGCAAUUAUAUGUCGCUGUUAAAUGUACAAGGCAGAGGUUGUGGAUUUGUGAGAAUACAGAACUCUCCAAACCAAUGUUUGACUACUGGAAGAAGAAAUGUCUUGUAGAAGUUAGGCAACUGGAUGAUUCUCUUGCGCAGACAAUGCAAGUAGCUAGUAGUCUGGAGGAGUGGAGAUUGCAGGGCAUCAAGCUAUAUUCUAAGCACAACUAUGACAUGGCCACAAUGUGCUUCAAACGAGCUGGUGACACUUACUGGGAAAGAAGAUCUAAAGCUGCAGGCCUUGAAGCUAUGGCUAACCAUAUGUGCAUCUCAAAUCCUGAAGUAGCUAAUUCCUUCCUCAGGGAAGCUGCUGAAAUAUAUGAUACUAUAGGCAAGGCAGAUUCUGCUGCCAGAUGUUUUGCUCAGGCAAAAGAAUAUGAAAGAGCAGGUAGGAUAUUAUUGGAGAAAUGUGGCGAGUCAGAGCUGGAAAGAGCUGGGGAAUGCUUUUAUCUUUCAGAAUGCUAUGAGCUUGCUGCAGAAGUGUAUGCUAGGGGCAAUUUUUUCUCAGAGUGUUUGACUGUUUGCAUUAAAGGAAAACUAUUUGAUCUGGGCUUGGAUUUCAUUCAAUGCUGGAAGCAAAGUGCAACAAACAACUGUAGUACAUCAAAGAGAGGACAAGAAAUUGAUGAAAAUGAACAAAAGUAUUUGGAGAGCUGUGCUUCACAUUAUUAUGAGGUUAAAGAUAUCGGGGCGAUGAUGAUAUCUGUUAAAGCUUUUCGUUCAAUGGAUUUAAUUCGUGACUUUUUGAGGUCAAAAGGUUGCUUUGAUGAACUUGUGUUGUUGGAAGAAGAAUCAGGAAAUUUUAUGGAAGCUGCAGAUACUGCAAAACUGAAAGGAGAUAUAUUACUUGAGGUAGAACUGCUUGGAAAGGCAGGGUAUUUCAAAGAAGCAGCAACACUUGUUCUUUUGUAUGUGCUUGCCAAAUCCCUUUGGUCCCCUGGUAGCAAAGGCUGGCCCUUAAAGCCGUUUAAACAUAAAAAGGUGGUCUUAGAAAAAGCGCAGUCAUUUGCAAAGAAAGAUGGUGACAACUUUUAUGAGUUGGUUUGCAUAGAGGCUGAUAUUAUAUCAAAUGGGCAGAUAAACUUGCUAACAAUAAACAAUCAAAUGAAGGCUUGUCAGAUGCUUAAGAGCAUCAAAGGGGAAAUACUAUCUGCUCGAAGAAUUUUGGAUGGUCAUCUUUCUAGGAGUAUCCCAAAGUAUAUCCUUGAAGAAGAAUUGGUGCUUGAUCUUGCUGAGCAUUCAGAAAAUGUGAUUUCUAAGGACCAAGUCUCUCUUGAAUCAAUGGUUUACUACUGGAACUUUUGGAAGGAUAAGAUUGUCAAAAUAUUUGAAUAUCUUGUGUCGCAAGAUGUUAAUGAACAUCAAAGUUAUGGAGAAUUUUGCAUGAACUUCUUAGGCGUUCGGAGGCAGAUUAAUGAUCUGACCCGCUAUGUUCUGCUCCAUUCCGAUGCUGAUUGGGUGAGAGAUGUUGACAAAAGACAGCUUAAGAAUAAUGGGGAGUUGGUUUUCAUUGAUGUUCAUCAGUUUUCUUCUGCAGCUCAGAGCUAUUGGAGUUCAGAGUUACUUUCUGUUGGAAUUAAAGUUUUGGAAAAGCUUAAAGCAAUUCAUGACUUCCCAAUUAAGAAUUCUGAUUUACUAUUCUGUAAAAGCAGGACUCUAACCCAUAUCUAUGGGGUUGCAAAAUUUCUUCUGGAGUCCAAAUUUCUUGAAAGAAGAGAUCAAGAUGCUGAUAACCUUCAGAAAUUCAUUAAGCUGUCAACUCAACAAUUUUUUGGUUACAUAUUUCCUCUAGAUUGGAAGAAGUCGUUAAGAGAGAACAUGAUUUUGCUUAGAGGAACAGAUAUUUCCAAGAAUUUGCUAGAACAGGUUGUAGUUGAUUAUAUAAACUCAACCAACAAAUUGUCUUAUGCUCAAAUUGGCAGCAUGGCAAUGAUUUCUUUUGGUUCCAGCAAGCUUGGUAAUGAGUUAUGUAGGAAAAUAUUAAAAAGGUUGGAGUGUGAUUCCCCAUGGACGACCUUUUUUGAAUAUGUAUGUCUGAACAUCAGUGAAGAACAAAAACAACUACCUCUCAUUUGCAGUUUCAGCGAAGCUUUGUUGCAUACAUAUGAAGCAGAUUGGAGUAAAGAAUAUGAUUACAUAUCACCUGGCUGUUUCUUGUACCUUGUUGAACACCUUCUGGUUUUGGCAUCUUGCUUCCGAGGUACCUUUAUAACCACAAAAUCAUCAUUUGUUGAAUGGCUUAUUCAACAAGGUGAAGAUUCCAAAUCCUCUAUCUGUAUAGGCCAUCUAGGUGCUACUGUACCUUUGGGAAAACUCCUUCAAUCUGUGAUCCAUGUAGUUCAGCAAUGCCUAUGCAGUAAACGAUAUAUGAUGGGAUGGAUCAGAAAAUCUAGUGGUUUCAAGGACAACUACUCACUCAUUGUGUCUAGAUUGGUUGCAAUCGUUUGUUUGAUUUAUGUGAAUUUUGGUAUGUGUCAAGAUUUACUUUUUGAUUUGCUCAAGAGAAGCUACAUUGUUGAUCAACUUCCAUUAGAAUUUCGUGAUGGUGUUCUUACUAUAAGGAAACAGAACACUGUGUAUGGACAUAUAAAUGUGCUUGCUGAGGCUUUUAAGAAGAUUGGCAAUAAUUUAGUAGUUGUUAAUUUAAAUGAAAAUUUCCCCAAGCUUUCAUAUUCUGAUGCUGCCAUAUGUGUGAAUAUGAAGAUCUUUGAAUGCAAGAACAACAUAUUGAGGAAAAUUUUUCCAAGGAUUCUUGAAACUUCAGAGGGUGAAAGUGGACCUUCGAUGACAAUGGAAGCAAAUAACACAGAGAGAGUGCUUUCCAAAACCAGUUCUGAUAUGAAGAAGAAAUCUGAGCUUACACAAUCAAACAUUGAAUUGGGAGGCCAUCAGACAAACACUCAAUACAAGAACCAGGUUAACCUUCUAAAUGAUUGUUCCUGUGUUUGGGAAACUUUUGAUAGAAUCAAACUAAUGGACAAUGGAGGAGACCAGAGGAGUUUCUUGUCAAAUGUUCAAACAAUCAAGGCAGAUAUAGAGAAAUACAUUCGGCUAUUAAUUGAUGGAUUGACUGGAAGCUUUUGGAAGACUAAUGAUUCAGAAGAUAAAAUCUUGUUCCAGGAAGUGGUCACUAUGACAUAUGAAUUGAAGCAACUUUCUGAUGCAUUGGAUUUGAGCAUGGGGGGACAAAGAGAACAAAUUUCUAGAGUUAAAGAACUUUCCAAUAGGCUGCAAUUAAGAAGGCCAACAAUGGAGCCUAUCUUGAAUCAGCUUUUCAUCCUUCGCAACAAAAAACUCACUGAAAAGGCAUCACAAACAGGUCCCCUUGUUCCAAUACGUUCCAAAAAUAUUGGCUGGGUUGAAAGUAAUGAAGAUUCUUGUGAGGUUGACUUAGAGGCUGCUCAAGCUAAUGCUGCUUCUGGAACCCCAAGUAGCAGCUCCAACCCUGAUAACAUGGCUAACGAAAAUAACAAGUCCAAGAAGAGCAGAAGGGGUCGAAAGAAAGAUAUAGCCUCUUGUGUAUAGAUAGAUAUCAGUAGGUUGAAGAUGCAUUGCAUGCUAUAGAAGAAUUAGUAUAUAUGCAAAUAGGUGAUGCUGGAAACUUGAAAUUUAUAGUGUUUUGAGAAACAAAUUAUCUGGUGGUCAUUUUAUUACAACCAGUUCUGGUAUGCAUCUUCACAACCAGUUUCAAGCCU